AAGAGAGAGACAGAGAGAGAAACAAAAUAACAGGGGAAAACAGAGGAAAAACAGAGAAGAAGAGAAGAGGAGAAGAGAUGUCAAUUGAAAGUGGAGACCCUUCCAUCAAGCUCUUUGGAAGGACUAUUCCUGUAUCUUCAUAUGGUGAAAAUGGCAAGGCCACCUGUGAAGCAAACACUGAUAACAAAGAUGAUCAACAGAGUGUUUCAUUGACAAAUCAAGACAAAAAGAUCACAAACUCUAAUGAAAAACCUAUGAAAAAACCCGACAAGAUCUUACCUUGCCCACGUUGCAGCAGUAUUGACACCAAGUUUUGCUACUUCAACAACUACAAUGUUAAUCAACCUCGCCAUUUCUGCAGGAACUGUCAGCGUUACUGGACUGCUGGAGGCACAAUGCGCAAUGUUCCUGUAGGAGCAGGACGACGCAAAAGCAAGAACUCUUCCUUGCACUACAAACACUUGAACAUCAUCAAUCCUUCAUGUCCAACGAUUCCUAUCAAUUCUAAUGCCACAGUGUUAAGUUUCGGUCCGGAUAUGCCUCUAUGUGAAUCAAUGGCCUCUUUGUUGAACCUUAAGAACUCUUCUAGUGAAACAGAGAAUGCCAAAGAGCAUUCGAGUAGUUUUUCGAUAGAAACCAAUCUGCAAGCUUCUUCAGCGCUGAAGAAUUUUCCAUGUUUUAAUGGUCCACAGUGGCCUAUCCAAUGGAGUUCGAUUCCGAUCCCUAUGCAUUCGACCACCGCUUAUUGGACUGUCCCCUGUUUUCCUCCUCUGACUCCUGGUUCAUCAGGGACUUCACCAAAUUCUCUGGCAUUAGGCAAGCAUACAAGAGAUGGAAGUGUACUAAUUAAUGGAAACAAUUCAGACAAGGGAGACACUCUUAGAAAGAGUGAUCCAGAGAGAUGUUUAUGGAUUCCGAAGACACAGAGGAUUGAUGACCCUGGAGAAGCAGCCAAAAGCUCUGUUUGGGCAACCAUCGGUAUUAAUAAUGAGAAUGCUGACAGUGUUAAUGGUGGAGGAUUGUUCAAGGCUUUCCAUCCUAAGACCGAUAGCAAGAAACAUACAGCGGAGGCUUCUCCGGUGUGGCACGCCAAUCCUGCCGCUGUCUCUCGAUCUCUCAGCUUCCAUGAGAACUCAUAACUUGAAAUCGAACAACAUUGAAGCCUGUUCACAGUAGAGGAAAUUCACUUUGACUUACAUAUGUAACUACUUAUCACUGAUAAAAAAGAGUUUCACAUUGUAAAUAAAUAAACUUUGGCACUUUUUUUUGAUGAAUCGAAUUCAUCUGAAGCGAUGAAAAAUUAUUCA